AUGAACUUAUCAGCCUUGGUCGCAACCGAAGUUUUCAAAUUAGUGGAAGUCUGGAAGGCAUUUUGGAAGUAUCUUUCAGUUGCAGCCAGCACAAGAGCUUCCAAAAUGCUAGCCAAGCUGUACCUUCAAAAUGUUCUAUUUUCACUUCGGUUAUAUUCUUCUUCUUAUUAUUGCUUGCCUCUUGAUCAAGCAGGAAUCUCGCCACAUUCUUCAUCACACCAUUAUGACCAUCCGCAUGCACUUGAAGAUGAGUAUGGUGGAUGGGAAAGACUGCAUAGAUUAUGCAGAUGUGUGGUUCAAACUUCAAAGAGUUUGGUGAUAUAUAGGAUUCCAUAUUGGACUACUAUGAAUGAGCCCAAUGCUUUGGCAGUUGGUGGUUAUGAUGGGGGAUUUCUGCCCCCUGGAAGAUGUUCCACUCCAUUUGGAAUUAAUUGCUCCAUAGAGUAUCAGGUAAUCCCAUCUCUUGGAGACUUGGACUCAUCUUACGUACAUGGAGUUGAGCAACUUGAAGCGAGGAUGUUGAGGCUUUCUUUCUUGCUAAUUAUUUUGCUGAUCGGUCCUCUCGCACUUCCAGUCUUGAGUACUGAUGAAUAUAGUAGGGAGGAUUUCCCGUCAGGUUUUAUAUUUGGUGCUGGAUCCUCAGCUUAUCAGCAUAAGGUGGAAGGAGCAGCAGAUGAGGAUGGGAGGAGUCCUAGCGUAUGGGACACCUUUGCUCACGAGGGCAAUUUGCACGGUGCCACUGGAGAUGUAGCAGUUGAUGAGUAUCACAAGUACAAGGAAGAUGUCCGAAUUAUGGCUCAAAUUGGGUUAGAUGCCUAUAGAUUUUCCAUCUCAUGGCCAAGACUUAUCCCAAAUGGAAGAGGACCUGUCAACCCAAAGGGUUUACAGUAUUACAACAAUCUCAUCAAUGAACUCAUUAGACAUGCAGGAAUCCAACCACAUGUUUUACUGUACAAUUACGACCACCCACAGGCACUUGAAGAUGAGUAUGGAGGAUGGGGAAAGCAACUUGGAGUUAUAGGGAUCAGCCUCUUUAUUUAUUGGCUUAUCCCUCUAACUAACUCAACUACGGAUGCAGUUGCUACUCAGAGAGCCCAAGACUUCCUUACUGGUUGGGUUGCUGAUCCCUUGGUGUUCGGAGACUAUCCCAUCACAAUGAAGAGAAAUGUAGGCUCUAGACUUCCAGCCUUCACCAAUCAUGAAUCUAAAUUGGUGAAGGGUUCAGUUGACUUCAUAGGACUGAUACAUUAUCAAGCAGUUUAUAUCGAAGACAACUCCAUCAGCCUGGAACAGGAAAAUAGAGAUUUCAAUGCAGACAUGGCAGUAAUGAUAACUCUAGAUAAUUCAUCAGUAUAUGAGUUUGCUUUAAGGCCUCGGAAUCUGCAACAAAUACUAGAGUACUUCAAGAAUGCUUAUGGCAACCCUGCUGUUUAUGUCCACGAGAACGGUCUCUCUCUCUCUCUCCAUGCUAGAUCUUCUGCAAAAGAAUUGCACUGCCAAAGGACCCGUCGGAACUCAUCUUUGGAAGACCCUUCAAGGGUGAAGUACUUGAAUGCUUACAUUGGAAGUGUGCUUGAUGCAAUAAGGAACGGAUCAAAUGCUAGAGGGUACUUUGUAUGGUCCUUUUUAGACGGACUCGAGUUAUUGGAUGGCUAUGAAUCGAGCUAUGGCCUGUAUUAUGUGGAUCUGGACGACCCAGACUUGAAAAGAUACCCCAAGCUUUCUGCACAUUGUGCUGUCGCACUUCCAGUCUUCAGUCGCGAUAAAUGUAGUGGAGAGGAUUUCCCACCAGGCUUUGUAUUUGGUGCUGGAUCCUCUUCUUAUCAGAUCAAGUUAUUGCAUGCUUUCUACUUUCGUACUGCUGUACAUAAGGCAGUUCAGUUGUCAAGGAUUAAAUACAGGACAUCACUUCCUUUUGCUGCUAUGCAGUCUAGAUUUUUCCGUGAUUUGGCCUUCAGGGUUCGGCAGUUUACCAAGUGA